CGCCAUGCCCGCCGCCAUGAGCCCCGCGGCGCCCACCGCGCAGGAGGCGCUGGAGAUCGCGGGCCGCAUCAUCGACCGGCAGAUCCAGGAUGACCGAUGCUACCCGGACCUGUCCGAGCUGCUGGCAGUGCCGGCGCCUGGUAGCCCUACUGUUUCUGGUAUGUCAGAUAUGGAUUAUCCUUUGCAAGGACCAGGUUUGCUGACAAUACCUAAUCUUCCGGAGAUCAGCUCAGUCCGCAGAGUCCCACUUCCCCCGGAGCUAGUGGAGCAGUUUGGACAUAUGCAGUGCAAUUGUAUGAUGGGAGUAUUUCCAGAAAUUAGCAGAGCUUGGCUGACCAUUGACAGUGACAUCUUUAUGUGGAACUAUGAAGAUGGGGGAGAUCUGGCUUAUUUUGAUGGCCUUAGUGAAACUAUUCUUGCAGUGGGUCUUGUAAAGCCAAAGGGAGGUAUCUUCCAGCCUCAUGUACGACACUUACUUGUUCUGGCUACCCCUGUGGAUAUUGUGAUUUUAGGGUUGAGUUGUGCUAAUAUACAAGCAGGUACUGGAUCGCUCAAUGACAGUAUGUCUGGUGGAAUGCAGCUGCUACCAGAUCCUCUCUAUUCGCUCCCUACUGACAAUACUUACAUUCUGGCAAUAACAUCUACUGAUAACGGACGUAUCUUUUUGGCUGGAAAAGAUGGCUGCUUAUAUGAAGUAGCAUACCAGGCUGAAGCAGGCUGGUUUAGCCAGCGCUGUAGAAAAAUUAAUCAUUCAAAGAGCGCGCUGUCUUUCCUUAUUCCUUCAUUGCUACAGUUCACAUUCUCAGAGGAUGAUCCUGUAGUUCAAAUCGCCAUUGACAACUCUCGAAAUAUCUUACACACCCGCUCAGAAAAAGGAGUGCUGCAAGUUUACGAUUUGGGACAAGAUGGUCAGGGAAUGACCAGGGUUACUUCUCUUUCACAAAAUGCUAUAGUUUCUGCUGCUGGGAGCAUUGCCAGAACAAUAGAUCGCUCUGUAUUUAAGCCUAUUGUUCAGAUAGCAGUGAUUGAAAAUUCUGAAUCCAUAGACUGCCAACUACUAGCAAUCACACAUGCAGGUGUCCGACUGUAUUUUAGUACUUCACAAUUUAAGCAUCCAACAGCUCGUCCCUCCACGUUAACCUUGGUUCAUGUCCGUUUGCCACCUGGAUUUUCAGCUUCUUCUAAUGUGGAGAAGCCCACAAAGGUUCACAGAGCUCUGUAUAGCAAAGGGGUCCUGCUGAUGGCAGCUUCAGAAAAUGAGGAUAAUGACAUCCUGUGGUGUAUCAAUCACGAUUCUUUCCCUUUUCAAAAGCCAAUGAUGGAAACACAGAUGACUACCCGUGUUGAUGGACAUUCCUGGGCUCUUUCUGCUAUUGAUGAAUUUAAAGUUCAGAAGAUUGUAACACCGCUAAAUAAAGACAUUAUUCCAAUAACUGAUUCACCUGUUGUUGUGCAGCAACACAUGCUGCCACCUAAGAAGUUUGUUCUCCUCUCAGCCCAGGGGAGUUUUAUGUUUCAUAAACUCAGACCUGUCGAUCAGCUGCGGCAUCUGCUUGUCAGCAAUAUAGGUGGAGAUGGAGAAGAGAUUGAAAGAUUUUUCAAGUUGCAUCAGGAGGAUCAGGCCUGUGCCACUUGCCUUAUCUUGGCCUGUUCUAAUGCUGCAUGUGAUAGAGAAGUAUCUGCCUGGGCUACUCGAGCAUUCUUCAGGUAUGGUGGUGAAGCACAAAUGAGAUUUCCGUCAGCUCUGCCUCCUCCAAGCAAUGUUGGACCUAUUUUGGGUUCUCCUGUUCCUGCCGUGACAGGUCCAGGUGGAAGAUGGCACCAUUCUUCUGCUACUACUUACUCCGUUUGCUCAAAGGGUUCCCCCUUGACUGUUGAUAGUCCAUAUCCUAAUCUUAGCUUUUUGACAACACCUGGGCAGGGUUUACAACCUCCUAGUAUGACAACUUCCCUGUUUCCUUCUGGGAAUUCCAUAUCUCACCCUGGUACAUCCAUUAGUGGAAUGAUGGGUCCUGAGAUAGUAUUUUCUGGAAGACACAAUGGCAUCUGCAUAUACUUUGCUCGGAUUAUAGGAAAUAUUUGGGAUGGCAGUAUAGUUGUGGAGAGAGUUUUCAAAAGUGGCAAUCGAGAAGUUGUUGCAGUAGAAAGCAGUGUUCCAUCACAUGUGCUGGAAUGUGUACUACAAGAACUAAAAGGUUUACAAGAAUUUCUGGAUAGAAAUUCACAGUUUGCUACAGUAGGAGCCCUUGGAAACCCAAGUUUCAGCACACCAGCCAAUCUGCAACAGAGGCUCCUGGGUUUCAUGCGGCCUGAUGGUGGAAGUUCUCAGCAAGUCCAGCAAGAGCUCCAGAGGAAAUACCAUGCUGAGGCACAGCUAACUGAGAAGACCUCACUUCAAGGCAUCCAGCAGCUUGUUCGCAAAACCUGCCAGGCAUUGGCUUUAUGGAAGUUGCUGUGUGAGCACCAAUUCAGUGUUGUUGUAGGUGAGCUUCAGAAGGAACUUCAAGAACAUCUAAAGAUUACUGCUUUUAAAGACUUGGUAAUUAGAGACAGAGAGUUGACUGGAGCACUCAUUGCUUCUCUCAUAAACUGUUACAUCAGAGAUAAUGCUGCUGUGGAUGGCAUCAUUGCCCAUUUGCAAGAUAUCUGUCCUCUUCUUUAUAGCACUGAUGAUGCUGUGUGUUCCAAGGCAAAUGAACUGCUUCAGCGGUCUCGACAGGCUCAAAGCAAACUGGAAAAAGAGAAGAUGCUAAGAGAGUCACUGAAAGAGUACCAGAAGAUCAGUAAUCAAGUAGACCUUGCUAAUGUUUGUGCACAAUAUAGGCAAGUGCGUUUCUAUGAGGGAGUAGUAGAACUCUCUCUUACAGCUGCUGAGAAGAAAGAUCCCCAAGGUCUUGGCCUUCAUUUCUAUAAAAAUGGAGAACCAGAAGAGGAUGUUGUUGGACUCCAAGCCUUUCAAGAGAGAUUGAACAGCUACAAGUGCAUCACUGACACCCUUCAAGAGUUAGUGAAUCAAAGUAAAGCUGCUCCUCAGUCUCCUAGUGUACCCAAAAAGCCAGGUCCUCCAGUGCUGUCAUCUGACCCCAACAUGCUAAGCAAUGAAGAAGCAGGGCACCAUUUUGAACAAAUGCUAAAGCUGGCUCAGCGUUCAACAGAUGAACUCUUCAGUAUUGCACUUUACAACUGGUUGAUACAAGUUGACUUGGCUGACAAACUGUUACAGGUUACUUCCCCCUUUUUGGAACCCUACCUUGUGCGGAUGACCAAGAUUGACCAAAACAAAGUCCGUUAUAUGGAUUUACUGUGGAGAUACUUUGAAAAGAACAGAAAUUUUAGUAAUGCAGCCAGAGUCUUGGCUAAGUUGGCUGACCUGCAUAGCACAGAAAUUUCUCUUCAGCAGCGUCUUGAGUACAUUGCACGUGCCAUUUUGAGUGCCAAAAGUUCCACUGCCAUAUCCUCUAUAGCUGCAGAUGGUGAAUUCCUACAUGAGCUAGAAGAGAAAAUGGAAGUUGCAAGGAUCCAGCUUCAAAUACAAGAAACAUUCCAACGGCAGUAUUCCCAUCAUUCUUCAGUGCAAGAUGCAAUCUCCCAGCUUGAUGCUGAGCUGAUGGAUAUAACCAAGCUCUAUGGAGAAUUUGCUGACCCUUUUAAGCUCUCAGAGUGUAAGCUUGCAAUUAUACAUUGUGCGGGUCAUUCUGAUCCUAUCUUGGUGCAAACUCUCUGGCAAGAAAUCAUUGAGAAAGAGUUGAGUGAUAGUGUGUCUCUGAGCCCCGCUGACAGAAUGCAAGCACUUAGUCUGAAGAUGGUAUUGCUUGGAAAGAUGUAUGCUGGCACACCUCGUUACUUCCCUUUAGAUUUUUUAGUGCAGUUUCUAGAGCAACAGGUCUGCAUUUUGAACUGGGAUGUAGGUUUUGUAACAUAUACCAUGCAAGAAAUUGGAGUGCCAUUGCCAAGGCUGCUUGAAGUGUAUGACCAGUUGUUUAAAGCACGGGACCCAUAUUGGAAUAGAAUGAAAAAGCCUUUACACCUUUUAGAAUGUAUUCAUGUAUUAUUAUCAGGAUAUGUACAUGAUCCAAGCAGAGUACUUCUGAGGCGACGAUUCACAAAUGUUUGCUUGGAUGCUGUUAGUUGCUACCUGGUUGAACUUCAGUCUAUGAGCCCGACGCUAAUGGUGCAGACUGCUGUUGGGAAUUUUAAAUCACUACAGGCUAAAUUAGAACGGCUUCAUUGACUGGCUAAUGUAAUAACAGAAUCAUUAGCUCAGAUAAAAUGAACUAUGAAAUAAGAGCUCAGAUGCCUGCACUGAAUCUCUGGAAAAACAAAUCCUCAGAAAGAAAUUCUGAGAAAGUUGUAUCUCCUACUGCAGUUAUCGAUUGUGUGGCCUGUAUUUAUGCUAUUCUAAAGGUAUCUACAAAUUGUAGAAUUUAAACGUGACAAAUGAGUUUUCUUUUACUACUACCAAUUUUUUUAA